CCCUUCGCCUCACUCCUACUAAAACUCAAGGCGCGCACGCCCCACGCCGAACGCACGGCCACCGCCACUGCCCCAGGCACCUUUUCUCCUCUCCCACCCCACGCCCGAACGACCCCCAUGGAGUCCCUGCUUGCGGCGCUCCCGGCGGGCGGAGGAGGUGCGGUCGCUGCCGCUGCCGCGGCCGUCGGCGGGCUGGCCGCGGCCGCCGCGCUCGCCGCCAAGGCCGGCGUCGUCGGGACGGGCCGCACCAACGCGCCCCCAGCUGUUCCUGGUUUACCUCUUAUUGGAAAUCUGCACCAGUUAAAAGAGAAGAAACCCCAUAAGACCUUCGCAAAAUGGUCUGAUAUUUAUGGGCCAAUAUACACCAUAAAGACUGGGGCUUCAUCAGUAGCUGUGCUCAACUCUUCUGAAGUAGCCAAGGAGGCUAUGGUUGCGAAAUACUCAUCCAUUUCUACUCGUAAGCUACCUAAAGCAUUGUCAGUGCUGACUCGUGAUAAAACGAUGGUUGCUACAAGUGACUACGGUGACUUCCACAAAAUGGUGAAGCGUUUAGUUAUGUUGGGCAUGUUGGGCUCUUCUGCUCAGAGACAAUUUAGGGACACAAGAGACAUGAUGAUGGACAACAUGUUAAGCACUUUCCAUACGUUGGUGACUGACGACCCACAUUCUCCUCUGAACUUCAGAGAAGUUUUCAAGGACGAGCUGUUCCGCCUGUCCUUGAUCCAGAGUUUAGGCGAGGAUGUGGGUUCAGUUUAUGUGAAGGAGUUUGGGAGGGAGAUAUCGAAGGAUGAAAUCUACCAGAUCACUGUGGUUGACAUGAUGAUGUGUGCAAUCGAUGUUGAUUGGAGGGAUUUCUUCCCAUACCUCAGCUGGAUUCCCAACAAAAGCUUCGAAAACAGAGUACUUAUCACAGAAUCUAGGCGAACCGCGGUGAUGCAAGCCUUGAUCCAUCAACAGAAGAAAAGAAUUGCGCGUGGCGAGGCCAGGGCAUCCUAUCUGGACUUCUUGCUGGCAGAGAAGGCACUGACAGACGAACAGUUGAUGAUGCUGGUGUGGGAGGCAGUCAUCGAGGCUGCAGAUACUACUUUGGUGACGACCGAGUGGGCAAUGUAUGAGCUUGCUAAAAACCCAGAAAAACAGGAUCGGCUCUACCAGGAGAUCCGGGAGGUGUGCGGCGACGAGACGGUCACCGAGGAUCACGUGCCACGGCUGCCGUACCUCAGCGCCGUGUUUCAUGAGACGCUAAGGUUCCAUUCUCCUGUCCCACUGGUGCCUCCAAGGUUUGUCCAUGAGACCACCAAACUGGCCGGCUACGACGUCCCAGCCGGCACCGAGAUAGUCAUCAAUCUGUUCGGGUGCAACAUGAACAAGAAGGAUUGGGAGGAGCCCGAGGAUUGGAGGCCGGAGAGGUUCAUGGAUGGGAGGUUCGAGGCCGCGGACAUGUACAAGACCAUGGCAUUCGGCGCCGGGAGGAGGUCCUGCGCCGGGAGCCUGCAGGCGACGACCAUCUCGUGCGCUGCCAUUGCGCGCUUCGUGCAGGACUUUGCCUGGAGGCUCAAGGAAGGCGACGAGGACAAGGUGGACACCGUGCAGCUCACCAGCUACAAGCUCCAUCCGUUGUACGUGUAUCUCUCACCGAGAGGGAGGAAGUGAAUUAAUGCCAGCUUUGGUUUGGUAAUGAGGUGCUGGAUUUGCUCUUUACAAACUUGGCCAAACAAGAUGGCAGUAUGAUAUAAGUUUAUAAUGCCUAAUGGUUUGCUUGAACAAUU